ACAUAAUAAUACAUUAGAGAUAUUUUAUAUAAGACGAAGAAAUUUUAACAGAAACUAGCAAAUGUACAAUUUGAGUGAACUCAUUCUGUAAUUGCUUCUAGUGCAGAAGAAGGAUAAGAAAAAAGGGAGUAUGCAAAAAGAACGACCAGUCAAUACAAGUUCCGCAGCGCUAAAGAGGAGACAACUAUAAACACUUUCUGGACAACAAAAGAAAAGGAAAAGGGGGCCACUCCAUUCCACUUCAUCUCCAUCUCUUUCUCUCGGCGUGCAUCUAUAUAUAUAUCUUAUUUUUUGCGUGUAAUUAACUAUGGCCUGGCGCUUUAAGGCUUCCAAAUAUAAAAAUGCCGCGCCCAUUGUCCCCAAAGCGGAGGCGUGUGUCCGUGAGAUUUGUGUGGGCAGCUACCAGACGUAUGGUAAUAACAUUGCCGCCUCGGCAGCAUUUAUGGCCUUCAAUUGGGAGCAUACGGGAUCCAGUGUCUCAGUGCUGCCGCUCGAUGAUUGCGGAAGAAAGAGUAAAACAAUGCCGCUGCUUCAUGGCCAUACAGAUACAGUGACAGAUUUGAAAUUCUCACCAUUCCAUGACGGUCUCUUGGCCACGGCAUCACAGGAUUGCUUGGUGAAAAUCUGGCAUAUACCCGAAAAGGGCUUAGAGCAAUCGCUUUCCGACCCGGAGGCAGUUUUUUCCCACAAACAGCGACGGGUUGAGACAGUCGGCUUUCAUCCGACGGCCGAUGGUUUAAUGUAUUCCACGGCUGCAGGAUGUGUGGCACUCUUUGAUCUGAGCGUGCAGAAGGAGAUAUUCUCGAACAAUGAGCAUCCGGAGGUCAUACAAUCGGCCAGUUGGCGGGAGGACGGUACUGUCCUGGCCACCAGUUGCAAGGACAAGUAUGUACGCAUCUUUGAUCCACGUGCCGCCGGAUCACCAAUACAAAUGGUUGCCGAAUCGCAUCAGAGUAUCAAGGAUUCCCGUGUUGUUUGGCUAGGCAAUCAAUCGCGCAUCCUUACCACCGGUUUCGAUGCAGCUCGACUGCGUCAGGUUAUUAUACGAGACAUACGUAACUUUAAUCAGCCCGAAAAGACGCUCGAGUUGGAUUGCUCGACGGGUAUAUUGAUGCCGCUGUUUGAUCCCGAUACGAAUAUGCUUUUUCUGGCGGGCAAAGGGGAUACCACAAUUAAUUAUAUGGAAAUAACCGAUAAAGAUCCCUAUCUAACUGAAGGAUUACGGCACACGGGCGAACAGACAAAAGGAGCUUGUCUGGUGCCAAAGCGGGCACUUAAAGUAAUGGAGGCCGAAGUCAAUCGUGUGCUUCAAUUGACAUCCAAUAUGGUUAUUCCUAUUAUGUAUCAAGUACCCAGAAAGACCUAUCGUGAUUUUCAUGCUGAUCUUUAUCCAGAGACUACUGGCUAUAAAACUGCUUUAGUGGCCAGCGAAUGGUUAAACGGCACCAAUCAGGCAGUACCCAAGAUGAAUUUGGAUCCCGCCAAGCGUGAGCAUGGAGAUGAGCCAAUUAUUAUACAUCGCGGCAACUUAGGCGAUUUCAUUAGAAAUUUGGAGAAUCAAAAGUCCAAGCGACAACAGCUCCCGCAACAGCAGCAGUCAGAAAAGCCAUCAACUGCUGCCCCCAAUGACAAUGAGCAGUUCGUUCUGUUUCGAAAAUCUCAGCAUCAAAACUUCGAGGAGAAGAAUGGCAAUGACAGUGGGCACACUAAUGAAUCGAAAAAGGAUUCAAUGGAGUGUAGUGAACUGAUACGUAAAUUUGAGGCCAAAUAUAAGACAGAUUCGGAGAAGGAUCGUGGCCAGGAAUUAGAUGGUUGGUUACACAAGGAUAAGGAAUCCCCGACAGAACAUGAGCAUUCAAUGGGCAGCAGUGAGGAGGCUUUGUCAUCAGGUGGCAUGGAUAACAAUUCGGCCAGUAGCAGUAAUUCACCGCCCAAACCCAUGCCGCGCACAUCGCGCAACAAUUCGCUGCCCGAGGUGGUGGGUGGUGGUUCUGUCUCUGCUGGCGAAGCAGACAAUGGAACGCCUCGCCCUAGACCAAGGACAACAGCGGCUCAAGCCUAUAAGCCGCGACUUGGCCCGAAACCAUUCUCAAGCAAUACUGGCGAUGUAUCCUUUGACAAGGUGUUUGCCGUGCCACUGGCUCCCGGUUCACAUGAGAAUAUCUCCAACGUGGGACAGGAAACCGAAUCGAUUGUGCCACCCACUAAUAAGCCAGACAUUAUUGUGGAAAUUGAGAUUAAAAAGAAACAUGAGCAUGAGCCCAAUCCUUUGUCUGGCAAUGGAGUCCAAAAGUCGCUAACUACUUCGGAACGUCGCAAGUCUUCAGCUGACGAUGAUGAAUCAUCCGACAAGAUCUUUGAGCAGAAUUCUGAGUCAUCGGAAAACUCCACUGAGGGGGAAGAUCGUACAGAUGCCGAUUUAAGACGAUUGUCAUCGGCCAGGAGCAGCAUUGCUGAACGACGUCGGCUCUACGAAAGCCGAUCCAAAAGUCAGGUGGACGAGAAGGCUCAAUCGCCGGUGCCAUUACGUCGUGAGCAUUCCAAGGGUGAGCCCCUAAAACCCAAUCAACAGCAACAACAUCAGCAGCAGUCGCAAAGCAAUCAAAUUGACACGAAGCGAAUUUCGGUGCCUGAGGGUAAAUUGUUGGAGGAACAACACAGACAACGUGGCAAUGGGAAUGUAAAUUCGGCUGGAAUCAAGAAAUCCGCUACUGAGGCUGCCUUCUCGGCAUCCGCUUCCACCAAGCGUACCUCAACCGUCUUUGGCAAGGUAUCCAAAUUCCGGCAUCUUAAGGGCACCCCCGGUCACAAAUCCACACACAUUGAGAAUCUGCGUAAUUUAAGUCGCCAGAUUCCCGGUGAAUGCAAUGGCUUCCAUGCUAACAAUGAGCGUGUUGCUGUUCCACUCUCGGGGCCGGGUGGAAAAAUAGCAAUUUUUGAAUUAAGUCGCCCGGGCCGAUUGGCCGAUGGUGUGAUACCGUCUCUGGUCAAUGGAAGCAACAUUAUGGAUUUCCAAUGGGAUCCCUUUGAUCCCAAACGCUUGGCCGUUGCCUGUGAUGAUGGCAUUGUAAAAAUCUGGCUAAUUAACGAAGACGGACUAACCGAGCCGACUAAUACCCCAGCAGCGGAAUUAACCGCCCAUCUGGACAAAAUCUAUUUCAUACGUUUCCAUCCGCUGGCUGCGGAUGUCUUGCUAACAGCCAGCUAUGACAUGACCAUAAAACUCUGGGACUUACGCACCAUGAGCGAGAAAUGUUCGCUAAAUGGCCACACAGAUCAGAUAUUUGAUUAUGCAUGGUCGCCAUGCGGACGUUUGGGGGCCACCGUCUGCAAGGAUGGCAAAAUCAGAGUUUACAAUCCACGCAAAUUGGAGGCGCCCAUACGUGAGGGCAACGGACCAGUGGGCACACGUGGAGCCCGCAUAAGCUGGGCACUUGAGGGGCAUUACAUUGUCUGCACAGGCUUCGAUAAAGUCUCGGAACGACAGAUUAGCGUGUACAAUGCCCAAAAGUUACAGGCACCUUUGAACACAGUCAGUUUGGAUGUAUCACCAUCGAUUUUGAUACCAUUUUACGAUGAGGAUAGCUCCACAUUGUUUGUCACCGGCAAGGGCGACUCGACGAUCUAUUGCUACGAGAUAACCGAUGAGGAGCCAUAUAUUUGCCCGCUGUCGCAUCAUCGAUGCACUUCACUGCAUCAAGGUCUCAGUUUCCUGACCAAAAACCAUUGCGAUGUGGCAAGUGUAGAAUUCUCUAAGGCCUAUAGGCUAACCAAUACCACUAUUGAGCCUCUCAGUUUCACAGUGCCGCGCAUCAAGAGUGAACUAUUCCAAGAUGACUUGUUCCCACCCACACGCAUCACUUGGAAUGCCACAGUGUCAUCGGAUGAAUGGUUUAAUUUCAGUGAUAAAACAGCUGAUAAAAUCAGUCUCAAACCCGAUGGCAUGGACACGCUUUCUUCCAUACAACAAGUGUCAGUAGCUGCAGCAAAGAGACCCGAACCACAUUCACACUUUGGCCAGAAGUCCGAGUACGAGAGCAGCAAACAGCAAGAGAUUCAAAAAUCUGUUAGUGCACGUAUGGAGUAUACUACAAAGCUGGAGCAGGAUGACAUGGAGGGUGUGGAUGAGAAUGAAUGGCAGGAGUAGCAAUGGAAACAGAAAAGGCAACAAUGUGGUGCAACAACAAGAAAAACAACAAUAUAAACAACAGGACAAUUUCACAAUUUAGAAUAGAUAAAAAAGGAAUGGAUUAUUUCCCCUCACCCUUUCGAUCACUCGCUCUUAACGCAACUAUCGCUCUCUCUUUCCCCAUCUAAGUCUCUUCUUCUGACAUGGCGGCAACAUCAUGAUAAAAAAAAAAUCAACAAUUAUAUAUUUAUACAUAGACAUACAUAUGCAUUAAGUUAUAUACUGAUAUAUAUAAACUGAUAGAUAAGUCCAAACUGUAAGGCCUUGGCUCUCUCUUCCUUCAUACCCCAUAAUACUACAAUGUCCUUCUCGCAAACCGGAUGCUUUCCUAUCUGUCACUCUCCUUUGAUCUUCCGUAAAUACGGACUUAAGUGACUAAACUUACUUAAACCCUCCCACCUCUUACAUCUUCUAUUCUUCCUCAAAAAUUGCCAAAUUAUCAAACAUAAGUAUUUAGUUUUUUUUUUGUUUUGUUUUUCUUUGUAACUUAUAUGACAUGAUUUUUUAAGUUUGUGUCCUUUUUUUUUAAAGAUUUUUAUAUUAUUAUUUUUUUUUUUUGCUUUUAUUCUUUGUAUGUGAGUUUUUGUUUUUAGUAGUUAGUGCAAAAUUAGUUCUUAGCAUAUUGACAAUUAAUUUUAGAUUUUUUGCGUAUUAAGUUUCGCGGCCAUAUGAUAUAGGGGAAGGAGCAGCAGCAGCAUUGUCGAUGAUGAAUGUUUUAAGAUAUACAUAUAUAUCUUUCAUUUCAAUUCACUUUCUGUCUAUCUUUCUCUCUCUCUCUUUUUCUCUCUCUCUUUCGAAUAUAUAUAUUUAUAUAUUGCUGUCUC